CGGGCCACGGCAAUUGAUAAAAGGAGACGGGAUUUUUGAUGUUGUUUUCUCUCCAUCUUGGUCUCCUGGAUAAUCCUGUUGCGUGGGAGCGGUCAUGAGGACAAAGCUUUCAGUGCCCCUGAGCUCGGCACGGGGGUUGCGAUGUUGGCCAUCGGUUGAAAAGGAGUGCAUUAGAUAUGGGAUGGGCGUGCUGGCUGGGUUUUACCUGUUCUUCCACCUUUUUUUUUUCUCUUUUGACGUCCUCGAUUGCAUUGUAAUGUCUUUAAUCAGUUCUAGUGGUAGUUGGAUACUCCCCCUUACGGAGGAGUUGCCGUCCGUCCAUGUAUUUGGCGGAUUGGCAAUUAAGGUGCGAAAGAGCACACUUGCCAACUCAGUUUCUAUUAUCUCAAUUCUUCUCGUUACUUGUGUCUCUAUUAUUUGUGCUUAUGAAGCUUGAACUAAUAGCUCAUUGUAGCGAUAUAUAGGGCUAACCUACCAGGGCCAAUACAUAUAUAUAAGGGCUGAUAUCUUUCGAAACCCCUUACUAUUGAUAUCUAUCCAAGCUAUUGUCUAGUUUAGAAUAUAUCUCUCUUGAAC